UACAGUAGGUGGCGCUAUGCAGCUGUAACGUUGGUCGCCACAAAAUGAAGACGAAAAAAGACGACGUUUCCGACACAAACACAGAGACGUCAGGAGGUCGAAAGUGACUACGCUCUUAUUUAAAUAACCAAAGACACCACAUAGAAAUGGCGAGUUCCAUGGUGGCGGUGGGACUGACUCUGGCCGCAGCUGGGUUCGCAGGUCGCUUUGCCAUGAAGGCCAUGAAGCAGAUGGAGCCUCAGGUGAAGCAAGCCCUUCAAAGCUUCCCCAAGACUGGAUUUGGAGGAGGUUACUACAAAGGUGGGUUUGAACCAAAGAUGACUAGGAGAGAAGCUGCUUUAGUUUUGGGCAUCAGUCCCGCUGCCAGUAAGAAUAAAAUCAGAGAAGCCCACAGAAAACUGAUGAUACUAAACCACCCAGAUCGAGGUGGAUCUCCCUACCUUGCAGCAAAGAUUAAUGAGGCUAAAGAUCUCAUUGAAGGCCAGACUAAGUGACAACAGUGAACCAAGCCCUUUCGCGCUCAAACAAUAGUUGUGUGUUCUUAAAUAAAUCCAUUGUACAAAUUG